AUGACUGAGAGGUUGUUGGUAACAGCACUGAAGGGUGGCAAAAACACUAAGAUCAUUACUUUGAUUGGGAAGAAGAUAAAGAAGAUGCCCUCGACACUUGGAAAGCUGCCUGGUCUGAGGACUCUAGACCUUCAAAAUAACCUCAUCUGCAAAAUGUGCCCGGAGCUAAGCACCUUGACCCAGUUGACAUUACUAAAUCUGGGAAACAACCGUUUAGAAGAACUUCCUGAAGAGAUGAAAGGGCUUACCUCCCUGAAGAGGCUCCAUUUAUUUGGAAACAAGAUUUGUAGAAUUGCCACUGGAGUCUUUGAUGGCUUGCAAGAGCUGAUGAUGCUCAAUCUGAAUGACAAUCGGCUCACGAGUCUUCCUCAAGAAGUUGGCAGGUUAAAGAAACUUACCCACCUAAGCCUCAACCAUAACCAGCUCACCACUAUCCCUGAGGAGCUCUUUUCCCUCAGGCAUCUUUCUGAACUGCAUCUCAACUAUAAUCAGCUCAUGUGUAUCCCUGAAGAGAUUAAGUUGUUACAGAAUCUCCAGCAGCUUUCUGUGGUCAGGAACAACCUUGAAAGUUUGCCAGAGGGACUUUGUCAUCUUAGAAAACUAAGAAUACUGGACAUAGCUGGAAAUGUUAUUCAGACGUUUCCAGAAGGCUUUCAGGAUCUAAGGCUGAGUGAGUUCUACUGUGAAGGAAACCCACUUUUCCUGACGCAGCCAAAUUUUGCAACACAACAUAGAGACAUCUUGACUCUACGGGAAAUAGCAACAAGAUGUAUCCUCCUUCAGUUAGAAGAAGACCACCCUUUGAUUUUGGAUGCCAUGGAGUACUAUCCAGAAAUCAAAGACAUCUUCUCUCAGGCAAAACAAUGUGCAAUAUGCAGAAAACCCUUUUUAUCUGAAUGGGUGGAAUGUGUUCAGUUUGUUUCUCUACCGAAGAACUGGAACGCAAGCAAAAACCUACAGCAGAUACCUCUCAGGAUAUUACUUUGUUCCUACGAAUGCUUUGACCAGCGUGAUACUAAUGUCUUUGGAGUUUUUGAAGAGUAG